UUUGAGUCGACGUUACAGACAGCAGCUCACGCUCAUGUCAGUGCAUGUGUUAACACCUGAACAAAAAUGGCUAGGUUUCUGAACAGCAAUAUCAGGAAGUUCUUAACAACACAGAUCAGGAUGUCGUCCGAUCAGUUAGGUGAACUGGGUAAAGGUGCUGGGAAAGGAGGUGGUGGUGGAGGUGCCGUGAGGCAGGCUGGAGGUGCAUUUGGCAAGAAACAGGCCGCUGAGGAGGAGAUGUACUUCAAGAGAAAAGAGCAAGAACAGCUGUCUGCUCUGAGAAGACACCACCAGGAAGAGAUUGACCAUCACAAGAAGGAAAUCGAGAGAUUACAGCAUGAGAUCACCCGCCACGAGAGCAAAAUCAAGAAACUCAAACAUGAUGACUGAGGCAUUAAGACAGAAAAUACAACACAUGAAUUGUGAAACUGCUGAAUAUUUGUAAUUGCUUAUUUACUAAACAGUGAACUCUGUGAUUAUACUAUUAUAAAAGCAUGUUAUAAUACAGAUAUGGUUAUAUAACUGAAACAACACAUUGUGUAUUAACCCAGUGCAUUUUCCCUCUUUUGACAAUAAACAAGAAAUUGUCUCGAAUGUAAAA